UGUAUAAGCUACUGUAAUCAGAAAAGAUCAAGGGCGACUGGAAACAAUAAUUAAAAAAAAACGUACUUUAAAUAGAAACAAAAAUUCAUUUAAAAAAAGGGGGAAAAAAGGAGAGGAAAGCAAGCCAAACUCCAUUCCGUCGUCAAUCUCUCCUCUGUAUUACGCUUCUAGAAUCUUCCUGAACGUUCUAGAAACCCUAAAUGGUACGGUUCAGUCGGAGCGCCGCCGUGGAUGGGAUCCACCCCGAUCCAAGCACCGGCCUUGAAGGUUAUAGUUACUCUGCUGACUGGCUUUGUUUGGGGGAUUUUGCGUUUUUGGCAGGAUCGAUGGGGCGAUUGGGAUUGGGCAGUAACAGCAGUGAGGAUUGGGUGUACCCAGAAAGACCCGGCGAGCAGGACUGCAGUUUCUUUAUUCGAAAUGGAUGCUGUGCUUUUGGAGGGAGGUGUAGAUAUAAUCACCCUCGUGACCGUUGUGUUGAAAGCAAUGCUGCAAAACUUGGUGGUUCUGAGUAUCCAGAGCGUGUUGGUCAGCCUGUUUGUGAGUUCUUUUUGAAGACCGGAAAAUGUAGGUUUGGCCCACUUUGCAAAUACCAUCACCCGAAGCAUGGAGUUGGAUCAGUUUUGUUGAAUAAUAGUGGAUAUCCUCUGCGGCAGGGUGAGAGAGAAUGUUCCUAUUAUGUCAAAACGGGGCAAUGCAAGUUUGGUUCUGCCUGUAAAUUCGAUCAUCCACAGCCAAUUAGUCCCUCUAUUCAGUCACCACCACCUGCAACUUAUCCAAUGGUGCAACCUCCUUUUGUUCCUCCAUCUCAGCCGUACCCAUCUUUACCCAGUUGGCAAGUGGGAAACCCUUCAAUAUCACCAACAUCUUGUAUGCCCGGUUUUUAUGGUCCUAUCUUGGUCUCUCCCAGCAUUGUUCCAGUUCCUGGAUGGAGUCCUUACGAGCAACCUGUAAGCCCUGUGGUGUAUCCUUGCGGGCAACAAAUGGUUCAAGCAGGACUAUCAUAUCCGGUCCAUUAUCAGUCUUCUCCAACAUCAGCUUAUCCUGGACCUUAUCUCCCAAUAUCAUCCUCCACUAGACCUUCAAGCGUUCACCAGAAAGUGCCAGAGGGACAGGGGAAAACUGUCUGCCAGUACUACAUGAAGACGGGGAUUUGUAAGUUUGGAAACAUGUGUAAAUAUCAUCAUCCGCCAACCAUGCGCUCUUCAUAUGCAAAUGGCAAUACUAGUCCUGUUAGUAUACAUCUUCAUCAGGUAUCUAUCUUCACUGACAGCUAAUUACUUCUUUUCUGC